AAGAAGAGGAGGAGAAAAGAAGAGAGAAAGAACAGAGAGCUUGGGAUGAACAGAUUCAGAGACUGAAGAGUGAAAUGGAGGGAAUAGUCAGAGAGAAAGAGAGAAUAGAAAGAGAGACACAGGAACAGCUAGAGGAUUCAGAGAAGAGACUGAAAGAAGAAAGAAACAUGCGAGAAGAUCAACAGAAGACUCUUGAAGAACAGCAUGAAGAAGAGCUGAAGAGAAGACGAGUGCAGUGGAGAGAGGAAUAUGAGAGAGAGGAAGAGGAGGAGAAGAAGAAGAAGAUCUGCUCUGAAACUGGUCCUUCACUGCAGGGAGAAAACCGGGACAUUGAACCAUGCUGGCAGAACAACCAGAGGAGCUUUCAUGCAGCUGCUCAGAGUCUCAGACGAGAUGAGAACACAUCUGAGGUUUGA